CUCGCCACCGCCCCCGCCCCCGCCCCCGGUAGCACGCGCCCGCAGCCUAAUGACCGCAGCCAGCCCGCGCCGCGGCCCGCGCCCACUCCAGGCGGCCGGCAGCUGGCAGUGCGGGGCGAGCGGGGAGCCGCGCGCCGCAGCCCUGGUGGCAGCUCCCGGCGCCCGGCCGGCCUUGAUUGAUUUGUCAGCGGAGGGGAGAAAACGGCCCCUCUGAUCCUCGCGCUCAGUCCUCGGCUCCCCGGGCGCCGGGCCUCCCUCCCGCGCGCCUAGCCCUGCUCCGGGCGGGCCCCGCAGGCUGGAGCGCCCGGCCGACCCCAGGAGGGAGACCCCCGCCCCCCGGCCCGGGGCCCGGCGCCCCUCCCUGGCCCCGCACGCCGCGCACCUCCUCCAGCUCGGCCCGGCCCUCCCUCUGGCCCUGGGGCUCCCGACGCCUCCCUCGCCCCCGCUGGGCACCGUGCCGGCCCCCCCAGCCCUCACCCUGCCGCUCCCCCCUAGCCCGGCACCCUCGCCCCCAGCCCCCCGGCCCUGGCCCGGGGCCGCCCGCAGAGCGGGCCACACCCGCUGCGGAGGACUCGCUAAGACCAUGCCGUCCAUCAGCAGUGACCGUGCUGCGCUGUGCGCUGGCUGCGGGGGCAAGAUCUCGGACCGCUACUACCUGCUGGCAGUGGACAAGCAGUGGCACAUGCGCUGCCUCAAGUGCUGCGAGUGCAAGCUCAACCUGGAGUCGGAGCUCACCUGUUUCAGCAAGGAUGGCAGCAUCUACUGCAAGGAAGACUACUACAGGCGGUUCUCUGUGCAGCGCUGCGCCCGCUGCCACCUGGGCAUCUCGGCUUCGGAGAUGGUGAUGCGCGCUCGGGACUUGGUUUAUCACCUCAACUGUUUCACAUGCACCACGUGUAACAAGAUGCUGACCACAGGCGACCACUUCGGCAUGAAAGACAGCCUGGUCUACUGCCGCUUGCACUUCGAGGCGCUGCUGCAGGGCGAGUACCCCGCACACUUCAACCACGCCGACGUGGCAGCGGCGGCUGCUGCAGCGGCAGCAGCCAAGAGCGCAGGGCUGGGUGCAGCAGGGGCCAACCCUCUGGGUCUUCCUUACUACAAUGGUGUGGGCACUGUGCAGAAGGGGCGGCCAAGGAAGCGCAAGAGCCCAGGCCCCGGUGCGGAUCUGGCGGCCUACAACGCUGCGCUGAGCUGCAACGAAAACGAUGCGGAGCACUUGGACCGCGACCAGCCCUACCCGAGCAGCCAGAAGACCAAGCGCAUGCGCACGUCCUUCAAGCACCACCAGCUUCGGACCAUGAAGUCUUACUUUGCCAUUAACCACAACCCCGACGCCAAGGACUUGAAGCAGCUCGCGCAAAAGACGGGCCUCACCAAGCGGGUCCUACAGGUCUGGUUCCAGAAUGCCCGAGCCAAGUUCAGGCGCAACCUCUUACGGCAGGAAAACACGGGCGUGGACAAGUCAGCGGACGCGGCGCUGCAGACAGGGACACCCUCGGGCCCAGCCUCGGAGCUCUCCAACGCCUCGCUCAGCCCCUCCAGCACGCCCACCACCCUGACAGACUUGACUAGCCCCACCCUGCCAACUGUGACGUCCGUCUUAACUUCUGUGCCUGGCAACCUGGAGGGCCACGAGCCCCACAGCCCCUCACAAACGACUCUUACCAACCUUUUCUAAUGACUCGCAUCCCCCAACCCCACAAUUUCUUUAAAAAAGAAAUUAUCUUUAGUUGAAUUCCAAGUGUAUUUUAAAAUAGAGGCUUUGAGCAACUAACUAACCACAUUUUAGGAUCUCGCCUGGAAACAGAGAAAAAAAAAAAAAAAAAGAAGCGUGUGCCCGGCUAACACAGCGAUGUGGACCGAGGAACAACUUGGAAGAAUUACCUGCAACACAACAUUUGUGUCUCUGUACAGUUUUGUGGACUGACUGAGCGAGGAAAAACAACAAAUAAUUUAAGUUGGCUAGAGCUUCUGUAUUUUCAAAGACUGCCACGUGCCUUAGGAAUACUGUUUUAUCUCCAUACUUUGGAUGACUUGUUCAUUUUUCUCUCCCUCUUUUUCUCUCUGUAUAUUUAUGACCAGAGCAAAAAUGUAAAAAACAAAAACCAACAAAAAAAGUUUGUUACUUUGAAUAGUCCUAAAAAGAAAAAAAGAAAAAAAAAAAGGAGAAAUCAAACCCCCUCCAACGGUCGCUUUGUUGUUUUAGAAUUUUAAGGUGGAAGUCUGUUCGAAUAUCAGAAUUUGUAAAAUCUAACCAGUAAUAAAACCACUUAUCGAAACUA